CACCAAACCAAUAAUGAGCAGCAAAGGUACUGAAAAGACACUUCAAAAGCUGAAGAAGUCUGUUGAAGAUGGCAACUAUUACGAAGCUCAUCAAAUGUACCGCACGGUGGCAAGACGCUACACUAAGCAAGAAAAGUAUCGAGAUGUCAUUGAAUUGGUACAUUCCGGAGCAGUGUCGCUUAUGAAGGCAAAGCAAAGUGGAUCCGGCUCUGAUUUAGCCAUGUAUAUGAUCGAAACCUAUAAACUCGCGAAUACCCCUGUCACGGAAGAGUCGCUCGAUCGAGUGGCCGAACUUUUAGAACUUUACCCUAGCGAUGAGCCAGGACGUAAACCUUUCAUCAACAAUGCUAUGAAUUGGUCGCAAAAGAAUGGAGAUAAUGAAAUGGGGGAUGCUGAACUUCAUAAUUUUGUCGGUACCAUUCAGUACUACGAGGGUAACUACGGUGAAGCAGAGAAGCAUUUGCUAUUUGGUACAGAAGAGAGCGCCCAGUUGCUUGGUGACUUGGAAUAUGACUGGUCUGUGAAAGAAACAUCCAUAACCAAGGGUGUCUUUAUUGCUCGUGCUGUCAUGCAACUACUUGCCAUGAAGAAUAUCCAUUACGCCAACCUUGCUUUCGCUGCUUUCGCGAAACGCCUGGAUGCAGCUGAGAAAAUCGGCGCGGUACCUUAUAAGCCAGCUCCGGCCGAUGACCAUAUCAACAUUCCCAUUUACAAGGAUUCUUUGAUCAACUUCUCACAAUUGUUGAUCCUAACUGCUCAACGCGAUGGUGCCGAUCACUUCCGCAGCCUGAAGUCUAAGUACAGCCCGGCUUGGUCAAAGGAAAAUGGAUUUGACUUUGAUGAAGCGCUUUCCGACUUUGGACUAGUGUUUUUCAAUAUUCAAAAGCCACGGAAUCAGGGCAACGUUUUACAAGAUCUCAUGAGCAACCUUUUCGGUGGACCAGCUCCUGCCAAUGCUGGUGGCUCAAGGAGAGUGACUGGACCAAGUUCAACAGGAACUGAAUUGGAUUAGAUGCACAUUUUUAAUAGUUGAUUUUAUAAAAGGCGACAUAAAUCUAAAGUGAGCGCGGGUUCCAAUAACAAUAAUGAAGAAGAGUAGGAAAAAAAAAAGAAAAAAAAAAAGGAAGGUUAUA